AUGAGGAGAAGCAUUGCCACUUGUUACAGUGAACACGCCGUUAAAGUCUCUGAUUCUUAUUGCUCUGGCCCUUCCCCUAAUCCCCAUGUCUUCUCCAAAUUCCCUUCCUCUAAUUCCCCUUUCUCUGUUUCUUCCCUUUACAGAGCAAAGCUUUCUAGUUCUACCAACCAAAGCUACCUUCUCAUUCUCCUUCAAUGGACUGCUAAAAAUAUGGGUCAAUCUUUUACAAUCAAAAUCAAUUCCAUUUCCCAUUCCAUUCUCACCACUAAAGGCCUUAAAUCCUUCAAAUCCUCUGAAAAUUCUGAGAUUUCGGUCUUCUGGGACAUCUCCGAUGCCCGAUUCGAUCCGGGUCCUGAACCGACUUCUGGGUUUUACAUAGCUGUGACGGUGGAUUCCGAAAUUGCGUUGUUGAUCGGUGAUGAAAGGGAGAAAUUGGUCAAAUUGGGGAUUUUGAAAGAGAAGUUGGAUACCCAAUUCAUGAAAUUCUCUCUGGUUUCUCGGAGGGAGGAUUUUUGUGCAGACGAUUCGGUUUUCUCGACGAAAGCUAGAUUCUCCGACGACGGUGGCCUCCAUGAGAUUCUCGUCAAGUGCGGCGGCGGAGAGGAAAUGAGGAACCAGAGACUGGCGGUGUUCAUUGAUAAAAAACAGAUUUUUGAAGUGAAGAGAUUGAAGUGGAAUUUUCGAGGGAAUCAAACUAUUUUUUUAGAUGGGUCGGUGGUGGACAUGAUGUGGGAUGUCUAUGAGUGGCUUUUCCGGCCGGAAUCUGCGGCGGAGACCACGGCAGCGGCGUUCAUGUUCAGGACGAGAAGUGGAUUGGAUAGUCGGCUGUGGCUGGAGGAGAAGACUAAGCAACAAAAGGCUGGGUUUUCUCUAUUGAUUCGAGCUUGUAAGAACAAUCCUGAUUGA